AAAGUUGAAAGCACCUGUACAGCUGAGUCUACGUUGAAUGGAAAAUCAAAAAGCAGCUUUGAUAGUGAAGAUGAGAGUUUGGAAUGCAGUCUAGAUGAUGAUGAAGAAGUAUUCAUACCACUGCAAGAAAUGCUGUCUUCAAGACCCAGGGCACAGGCAGGAACCCUGGAAGAAUCUAGUCUUGACAGUUUUUCUCAGGACACCAUGACUCCAUUACUGAAGCUUCAUCUUUCUAAGCCUUCUGUUGUUAGCCAGGUGUCAUAUGUGAACAGCUUAGAACAUCUUUUAAAGGAGAAAGAAGAAUCUAAAAGGGUAGAUGAACUAGAAAAGCGGUUACAGGAAGACAUACAAGGAAGGGAAGCUGAUUCUACAGAUGGAGAAGAUGAGGAAAAUGCCAGUGGAGAUGAAGAUCUCUCAGAAGAACACAGGGCAUUUAUAAAGAGAUUUUCAGUAGUAGCUCAUGCCAUACCUGACUACCACCCUGGAGAAGAUAUAUUUGAUUUAUCAACCUCUGGGAAAAUCUUCAAUCAACAUAACCUAGACUUGAGGAAUUUUCACUUCAUCCCUCAAAAUCCUAUAGGAAAACUCCUUUUUAGUUCUAGUGUAACACAGCAGCUUUCUUUAGCUAUUAAUGGUUUUCUGACUUCUGCUUAUGGUUGUGUCUUGUGUCCCGUACCAAUUCUAAAGUGGCUUUUCCAGAUGAUGUCUGUUCAUCCUGACUAUUUUGUUUCCACCCAGAUUUUAGACAGAUUGAUGGAGAUAACACUAAAAAAUGCUUCCAUCAGUGAUGAACAGUCUAAACCAUGGAUUCCUUCACUAGCUGAUGUGUCAGCUGUUUUUGUCAAUAUGGGUGUUGCGUUUAGAUCUCUCUUUCCAUUGCAGCAUCUUCAGCCCAACUUUAACGAGUGUGAUAUUUUAAGUCAGAUUCAAGAAACAGUGAGUAAACAACAGCCAAGAGAAGACCUAACCUCUGCCAAUCCAGCCUUCCUCAGUCUACCAGAAAACAAUUUAAUCAAUGUGAUUAAGUUUCUAGGUUUCUGUACAACAGUAAUUCAAGGUGGAUAUACUGAUCAAGAAAUAUUGCUGCUGCUUCUAUUGCUAUUUAAAAUAAGCUUGGAGAAACAGUUAAAGCAAAUUCCUUUGGUGGAUUUUCAGUGCCUUUUCAUAAAGCUUCUGAUAAGUAUAAGAGACUGGGAUACAAAGAUGCCCGAGCUCUGCCUGGCAGUGAGUGAACUCUCCACUCAUCACCAUAAUCUCCUGUGGCUAGUUCAGCUGGUGCCUAGCUGGAUAAUACGUGGACGGGAAGUAAGAAGACGUCUUAGCCUACUGAUAAUUUCAAAGCUUCUUAAUAAAAAGCAUAUAGAAAUACCUGAUGACAGUGACAAGCAGAUGUCUCUUCUGCAUCAUUUUGUGGUGUACAUGAAGCCUUCUAAUCUACUAAAGAAGAUGAGAGAAGGACUGGAGCAGCAGAAUGCCACUGGAGAUCACCUUCAUACAAAACUAGAACAGGAGGCAUACUACCUAAUCUACAUCCUCCUUCAUCUAGUCAGUGAAGCUAGUUUCUUUGAUGUUGUAAAUUCUAAUCAAAGGUUAGAUUGGGUAAAUUGUCAUGGCCUUGAGACACCAGCAAAUGUUUGUGAGUAGAAUUUCAGCAUGUCUCACCUGUUCUGCAGAGCAGAGCCUCUUUGCAGCUGUUCAGUGAGGGAUUGCAAAGAGGAAUUUUAUGAAGAAAUUCACAGAAUGUGAAAGAUCUUGGGAGCCAUUAUGAAGAGAUUAUGGAGUUGCGAAACUGCUUUAUUAAAGUAAUCAGAAAUUUAGAGAGAAAUAAAAGAUCAGUGCAUAAACCUUGGAUAUGUUUUACCUGCUCAGCCAAUUCCUACAAAAAAAAAUUACCUGAGUCAUCCUUGAAACUACUUUUUAAAGCUCUUAGACCUGGUUUACCAGGUGCAUACAAGCAACUGAUAGAGGAUCUUAUGUUCUUUAUUUUCCCCCCUCCUUACUGUAUGUUUCUGAGAAAAAAAAUCAAACUAAAGCAUAUAAUUUUUAAAUUGAAAUAAUAUUUGAAGAAAGCUUUUAGUUUUGACGUGGAGGAUUUAAAUAGCUGUACACUUUUGUCUUUAUUUAGCAACACUUACUGAAGCUUUGCAGUGCCUUAGAUAAGCACAUAAAAUGUGAUAUUAGGGAAGAUGCAAGGCUGUUUUAU